GUAUACUUGAUAUCCGUAAAGUCGAGUUAUUCUCUUAUAAUUUCUGCACACCUUCUCCCACUCAGUGUGCCUUGCUCUCUGCUCAACUGAGGACGCUUUCUGCUGAACUGAGUUGGAACUCCUCCACGGAUCAACAGCGGCUUUCUUCAAACUCAAUUGAAAUUUGUAUCACCUCAGUGUCAAUGUCUGGUUCUGGCAACCCACAACUCUAUAGGCCUCAUGAUGUGUUCACUGCUAUGGGUCGUUGUUGGGUAUUGGAAGAUGAGUUCAGCUAUCCAAUCAAUCCGAAUUUGCGAAAUAGUGCUUACGUUCACAAUACCAUGAGACAGGAGUGGGCUUGGUUAUUUCGUGAACAACAAAUGUUUUAUAAUGAGUUGGUUGGUUUUAAGUUGCCAGUGCCUCAGCGACUCGCAUCACAAAUGCCCAGAGACAGCAUCGACGAACUUCGUAAAGCAUUGAACCGCAUAAGAGAAGAAAAUAAUCGAAUAAAGAUACGUCUUAAUCGAUAUCGGACCCAAGUCGAGAUUCGAGAGUCAGUGUAGGAAGGGUGGUACGGGCAUGCGCAGUUCAUGCAAUCACUUCUUGCUGAUCCCAUUUAUCAGUCAGACGUGGAGAUGUCAGAUGAAGAGUAAUCGUGUCGUGUCGUGGUGUAAUUAGAUUUUGUUGGAGAACUAUUUUGCUUAACUAUGUGUUAUAUGUAUGGUUGCAUUUGUACUAUGUAAACCUUAUUAUUGAUUAUGAGAAGCA